GCGUGUAUUUUCUAAAAACAGAAAAGAAAAGAAACAACUCGAAAAUCCUUGCCGUCGAUAUUUUGUCCGUAAAAUUAUCAAAUAUUUCAUAAAAUCAAAUACUUUUUAAUAAAAAUAAAAAAAAAAAUAAUCUCCAACCAUGACUGCCUUCGAAGAAUUUGGUGUUCUCCCUGAAAUAGCCAAAGCUAUCGAAGAAAUGGAAUGGACACUCCCCACCGACGUUCAAGCUGAAGCAAUCCCUCUAAUUCUAGGAGGUGGCGAUGUAUUAAUGGCAGCCGAAACUGGCUCUGGCAAAACUGGUGCAUUCUGUUUGCCAAUUUUACAAAUUGUAUGGGAAACUUUACGUGACAUUGCCGAAGGUAAAGGUACAAAAUCUGGGGCAGCUGGAGCAGUCGCUCCAUGGACAAUGUCAUUUUUCGAUCGUGGUUCAGCUUUAGCUGUAACUCCCGAUGGAACUCGUUGUCAAUCGAGAGAAUUCAAAGAAUGGCAUGGUUCUAGAGCUACAACGGGAGUAAAAGGCUCUGGAAAGUAUUAUUUUGAAGCCACUGUCACCGACGAAGGACUUUGUCGUGUUGGCUGGUCCACAACCCAAGCCAAUUUAGAUCUGGGCACUGAUCGAUUUGGCUAUGGUUUUGGUGGAACUGGCAAAAAGUCAAAUAAUCGACAAUUUGACGAUUAUGGAGAAGCCUUUGGCAUUCAAGAUGUUAUCGGUUGUUGUUUGGAUUUGGACAAAUUCGAAAUAAGCUAUACCAAAAAUGGGAAACCAUUAGGAUUGGCUUUUAAAAUAGGUGAUCACGUUAAAAAGGAAACUUUUUAUCCGGCUGUUGUUUUGAAAAAUGCCGAAAUGAUGUUUAAUUUUGGUAAAACCGAUUUUAAACACGCAAUUCCUCAAGGUUUCAUUGCCGUUUGCAGAGCUGACGAACGCAAUACCAAAGCGAAUCCUUUAGCUACUCCCGAUAGCAAUUCGGCUAAUUCCAAGCCACAGCCAAAUGCUCCACAGGCUAUUGUCAUUGAGCCAAGUCGUGAGUUGGCCGAACAGACUUAUGAUCAGAUUGAAAAGUUCAAGAAACACUUGAAAGAUCCUUUGGUCAAGUCGUUGCUUUUGAUUGGUGGGGUUAAAUUGGAACAGCAGAGGAGUGUCCUUCAGCAGGGUGUUCAUAUUGUUGUGGGUACACCUGGUCGAUUGGAGGAGAUGAUUAGUAGUGGCUUUGUCCAAUUGACUCAUUGUAGAUUCUUUGUUCUCGACGAAGCUGAUGGUCUUUUGAAACAGGGUUAUGGAGACUUAAUUGACCGUCUCCAUAAACAAAUCCCAAAGAUUACCUUCGACGGGCGACGAUUACAAAUGGUUGUCUGUUCGGCUACUCUCCAUGCCUUUGAAGUAAAGAAAAUGGCAGAUAAAUUGAUGCAUUUUCCAACUUGGGUGGAUUUGAAGGGGGAAGAUGCAGUUCCGGAGACUGUUCAUCAUGUUGUUUGCAUGGUGGAUCCUCAGAGAGAUAACUCUUGGGGUAGUUUGAGGCAACGUAUACAAACUGAUGGUGUUCAUGAGAGAGAUGGAGCACAUCCGUCGAAACAAACUCCCGAGACUUACUCGGAGGCUAUUAAAAUCCUCAAAGGGGAAUAUUGUAUUCGUGCCAUAGACGAGCAUAACAUGGAUAGAGCUAUUAUAUUUUGUCGAACCAAACUCGAUUGUGACAAUUUGGAAAGAUAUUUGAAACAACGUGGUGGACAAAAGUACUCUUGUGUUUGUCUUCAUGGUGAUCGUAAGCCAUUCGAAAGGAAGGCAAAUUUGGAAACCUUUAAAAAGCAGGAAUGUAAAUUCCUUAUUUGUACUGAUGUCGCAGCUAGAGGAUUGGAUAUAACAGGUCUUCCAUUCAUGAUUAAUGUAACUUUGCCCGAUGAAAAAUCGAGUUAUGUUCAUAGAAUUGGAAGAGUUGGUCGUGCUGAACGAAUGGGUUUGGCUAUAAGUUUGGUAUCGACAGUACCGGAGAAAGUUUGGUAUCAUGGUGAAUGGUGUCCAUCUCGAGGACGAAAAUGUAAAAAUACAAAUUUAACUGAUAAUGGAGGUUGUUGUAUUUGGUAUAAUGAAAAGAAUUUAUUGGGUGAAAUUGAGGAACAUUUGAAUGUUACUAUUACACAAGUUAAUAAAGAUGUUAAGGUACCACAGAAUGAUUUUGAUGGCAAAGUUGUUUAUGGUCAGAAGAAUUUAAAUUCUGGAUCGGGUUAUAAGGAUCAUGUUGAUCAGUUGGGACCAACUGUAAGGAAAUUGACUGAUUUGGAGUUGCAGGCGCAGACAUAUUUUUUGAAGAGAUUGAAGUGUAAUUAAAAUGAAAUUAUAUUGUACUAAGUCUUGAUAAUAUUUAAUAAUUAUAUGAAUUUUAAAAGGAAAUUUCAAUAAUAAACAAUUAAAUAUAAAUAACAUUAA